GCAUUAUACGAUAUAUUUAUUCCCUGUACUCCCAUCACGCUGAUGAUGCCAUAUUGUCAAUAAACUGGAACUAUUCAAAUACAAUCACAUAAUCAUUACCUAUUGAAAUAUGGGGCAGAAAAUGAGAGUCAGAUGUGGCGUUGCCGGCUGGCGGAUGGCGUUACCAAAUACUCCCUAGCAAUUCAACUUAUCAAUGGGUCGGGGAAACUCCACAAUUCGCCUUUUUGGAGAAGCGAUGUGGUAGAGUCAUCACUCUGGGGAUUUGCACAUGUCGUGUCUUUUUUUUUACUGUGGAUCUGGGGAUGGAAUGCGGAGUCUGCUUUCCGUUUCUUCCACGGCACAAGGCACUUGCUGGGCAUAUAAUUAUCAAAUAUAUGGAGUAAUAAAGAUAGAUGAAACAAUGCAGGG